CUGAAAGGUUGCAACAGCUGGAAAAAGGACAUAAUUGUCCGAAAAAAAAAACAAAAACAAAAUACACAAGGGCGAAAAUAUCUCCUUCUUGUCUCCACACGCCUUCGUCUGGUGACAGCUUCUCAUCAGUCUCUCUCCAGUCCCUAAUCUCCUGACAACAAUUUACAGGGUUAAAAUCAAAUGGCUGGAAGAAGGAAGAGAGCGAAGAGUCCCGAGCCAAAGGAGCGUCGGUCGAGCUCACGUGUUCAGGAGCUGAGACAGAAGGAGCGUGACGAGAAGGAACAGUUAGCACGCGAGAGGGUUAAGUUCCUCAGCGAUCAAAGCUCUGAGCUUUGUGACGACGCCAAGGAAGAUGAUGUUAGCCCCAACGAGGGAACUUUAUCUACAAUGCGGAAUGGGGAGGAUACAAAUUUGGACUUUUACGCUAAUGAAGAGGAUCCUCACCUCAAAGUCAGGAGGAAUCUGAGGUUCUUCAACACGCAGUAUCUCCUCAUGGUCCAGGCUAAGCUGAGCAGACCUGACUUAAAGGGGAUCACUGAGGUGAUGAAAGCCAAUGCGGUGUUGUACCCAAGAAAAAUGAUAGGUGACCUGCCAGGUAUUGACGUUGGACACCGUUUCUUCUCAAGAGCCGAAAUGGUUGCUGUAGGCUUCCAUAGCCACUGGCUAAACGGCAUCGAUUAUAUGGGAGCAGUCGAAUACCAAAGACACUAUGCUAACUACCAGUUUCCGCUCGCUGUUUCUAUCGUUAUGUCGGGGCAGUAUGAGGAUGAUCUAGACAAUGCAGAUGUGGUGACUUAUACUGGUCAGGGAGGGCAUAACUUAACUGGUGAUAAACGUCAGUUUAAGGAUCAAGAGUUAGUACGAGGGAAUUUGGGCUUAAAGAAUUGCUUUGAACAUGAGGUGCCUGUCAGAGUGAUUCGUGGUCACGAUUGCAAAAGCAGCUAUAGCAAACGAGUAUACACUUAUGAUGGAUUGUACACGGUUGUAAAGUACUGGGCAGAGAAAGGCGUUUCAGGAUUUACGGUGUACAAAUAUCAGUUGAAACGAAAGGAGGGACAACCAGAACUAACUACUAAUCAGGUCAAUUUUAUGUACGGACGCAUACCAAAGUCUACUUCCGAGAUUCAGGGCUUGGUGUGCGAGGACAUCUCUAAUGGGCUAGAAUCUAAGCGCAUUCCAGCCACUAAUCGUGUGGAUGAGACACCAUUUUCAUCAUCAGGGUUCACAUAUAUCAAUUCUUUGAAGAUUGAGCCUAAUGUCAAAAUUCCAAAGAGCUCAACGGGGUGUAACUGCCGAGGCAACUGCACUGACCCAAAGAAAUGUGCCUGUGCUAGGCUUAAUGGUGGAAACUUUCCAUAUGUCGACCUUAAUGAUGGCAGAUUGAUUGAGCCUCGUGACGUUGUAUUUGAAUGUGGUCCAAACUGUGGGUGUGGGCCUGAAUGUGUCAACAGAACCUCUCAGAAACGAUUAAGAUUUCAUCUGGAGGUCUUUCGUUCUCCAAAGAAGGGCUGGGCAGUUAGAUCAUGGGACUUCAUACCAGCUGGAUCACCAGUAUGUGAGUACAUAGGAGUCCUCCGUAGAACUGACGAUGUGGAUACUCUUACUGACAACGACUACAUAUUUGAGAUUGACUGUCAACAGACAAUGCAAGGUCUUGAUGGAAGACAGAGAAGGCUAGGGGACGUAGCUGUACCAAUGGAUAACAAAGCCAGUGAAAGCAAUGGAGAUGAGAGUGCCCCCGAGUUCUGCAUCGAUGCCGGUUCAACAGGGAACUUUGCCAGGUUCAUAAAUCACAGCUGCGAACCAAACCUCUUUGUCCAGUGCGUCCUGAGCUCUCACCAGGAUAUCAAGCUUGCCCGUGUGGUUCUUUUCGCAGCUGACAACAUUCCACCACUGCAGGAGCUGACUUACGACUAUGGAUAUACUCUUGAUAGCGUUCAUGGACCUGAUGGGAAGGUGAAAAAGCUUACUUGCUACUGUGGAGCAGUUAAUUGUAGAAAACGCCUCUACUAGCAAGGAGUAGAAGAAUCUAUAUGGCUAUUGGUAACAUAUUUUGUAGUAUGAAACUUCAUUAAGACUGAACAUAUUUUUUGGGGAGUACAUGGCAAAACUAUCUCCCAAGCGGAUCCCCUUGACAAUGUUGUUUUAGGGACUUAGGCAUAUUCGUCUGCAGCGUACAUUAACUAUUGCUGCCUUGUUGGGCAUUGUUGCCCCUUCCUGAACCCUUUUAUGUCAGUGGCAUAUAAACUUGUAAGGCCAACAUUAU